AGCGCAGAUCUGUUUACAAACGCAGGCGAGCACCAUGAAGGAGUGAAGGAGGCCUGAAAGCUGCCAGGCAGCCGGAGGUGGGAGAGGCUCCACACACCGCCUUUGUCUAAGAUUUGUUUGUGGGAACAGAUGGUUUGAGAGCAAACAGGAUCCCCUGUACAUAUUUGCUCUGACUGACACACAAAGACUCCGGUCCCAGCCUGAGGACUGCUGCGGCUGCAUGGAGCUGCCCUCACUUGUUUUGGGUUUUGAGGGAAACCCCCCGCGGCAGCAGACUGCACAGGACAGGACAGUGGGGGGCAGACUUGUGAAAAUCCUCUGUUAAAAAGCGGCGUUGUGACAGGACAAAGGAUGGACUAAUGCCAGCUAAUUACCUUGACUGGACCCGGACUGUCAUUUUUGUCACUGAGACCGCGUCAAAAAGGUUCCACUGCAAAUGUAAGUAUCAGGAUUCCUGAAAAACACAUUACGUGGCAGAAACCAGCUCCACUCAACAAGAUUUCUUUGUCUCUGCUUUCUGUCAUCUGAUGACAUCAUUGUCACAGAGCAUCCAGUCCAGACCUGAGAUCUCCCAGUUUUAGCACAGAGGCUUAAUCCAGAUUUGGGAAUACUGGGCAGCACCGGCUGCUGAACCAAACAAAACCACACCUCAAGGAUUUGUGGAACCUGAACAAGUCUGAGACUGACUGUUGUUUCCAACAGAGUUUAAAACAUCAACAAAACAAGACCUGCAGCUAAUUCCAGGCAGAUCCAGAGUCCAGAGUCCGAGCCCACCAGGUCGGAUCCAAUCCGGGCUCAGCCCAAAUUUACAGCUGCUGCUGUGGGAGUCAGGUUUCAUGCAACGAUUCCAAUGGUGUAAGGGUCGACGUUGUGCUUUUUGUUGACAACGAUCUUAAAAGUGCGACAGCAUGACCUCUGACAUCUAUCACCUCCCACUCAACAUCUACGUCAUCGUGCUGGGCAUCGGCCUUUUUGUCUUCAUGCUCAGCCUCAUCUUCUGCUGCUACCUGUUCAGGUUGAAACAACAAGGAUCGAGGGAGCAAUUCAGCUACAACGAGGUGGUGUUGAAGGGCGCAAGUAAGAAGCUGAGCCUGCUCGGACAAACGUGUGCCGUGUGUUUGGAAGAAUUCCGGACCAGGGACGAACUGGGAGUCUGUCCCUGCUCACACGCAUUUCACAAGAAGUGCCUACUUAAAUGGCUGGAGAUCCGCAGCGUCUGCCCCAUGUGCAACAAACCCAUCCUGCGGCUGCACACAGACACUCCGCAGGGCGCCGAGGGGCCCGCCGACCCAGAAGAGGUGUGAAGGAGCCGGGAUCC